AUGCCCCCUCGUCCCAACGCCAGGCCUUCGCCUACACACUUCCUGUGCAUACCUUUAGUCACCUCGGCCUCAAGACCUCAGCUAUCGAAGAGCCUGGCUUCCUUCAAAGCAGAUGUCACCAACCCAGACAGCUUUGCGGUUCAACCAGAUGCCGUGCGGCCGCUCGGCACUCUGCACCUCACCCUUGGGAUCAUGAGUCUGGCCAAGGACGAGGGCAUCAGCAAAGCAACCGAGGUCCUCAAGAGCCUGAAACCGCGGGAUAUCUUGGCCGGCAUCACACCUCUGUCCUCCUCCACCCCGUUGGCCGGUAAAGCGCAGUCCACUAGCGCUCCCGAAACCGACUCGCCGCUCCGAAUCACGCUCCGCGGCUUACAUUGCAUGAAGUCGGGCCCUCGAGCAGAUCCCAGCAAGGCAUCGGUUCUAUACGCGCCACCCGAACAAGGCGAAGGUGUUUUCCAGACAUUCUGCGAGAAAAUCAGGGCUACGUUUGAAGAGGCCGGAGUCAUUGGAAAGGAUGACCGGGGCUUGUUGCUGCACGCCACCAUUGUCAACACGAUCUACGUCAAGGGCGGCUGGAGCAAGAAGGGCCCGAAGCUGACCAUCGACGCGAGGGAUAUACUCGACCGAUAUGAUGACUACAUCUGGAUGGAAGAUGUGCCCCUAGAAAAGAUCACCAUCUGCCGCAUGGGGGCCAAGAAGAUUGAGGGGACGGAUGACGAAGCAUACGAGGUCGAGGCUGAGAUCGACAUUUAG